AUGGAUUCGAUACGUCGCCGUAUUACGGUUGCAGCGAAGAGGUCCUCGGAAAUAUCCUUGACUCCCUUCGUGCUAGAUAUCCCCCGGGUUAGAGAAAGUGUAGAGGAAAGUUUCAGAAAGUUGAAGACAGAUUACUUUGAUAUAGUUUAUUGUCAUGACGUGGAGUUUGUUAGUAUCGAAGAGGUGGUAGGCGAAGACGGUGCACUGAAGGAAUUGUUUAGAUUAAAGCAAGAGGGUAAAAUCAAGCAUGUUGGAAUAAGCGGGUAUCCGUUGGACGUUCUCGUCAAGAUCUCGCGAAUUCAACAUGACCGAGGCCAACCCAUCGACGUAGUUCUCAGUUACUCUCACUAUUGUCUUCACAACACCCGUCUCUUGUCGUACAUCGAAACCUUUCGUGAUCUCGGUGUCAUCUAUGUGAUGAAUGCAUCACCCUUAAGCAUGGGUUUACUUCGCGAAGCUCCUGCCCCGGAUUGGCAUCCUGCUCCACCGGAAUUGCGAGAGACCGCCAGUAGAUGUGCCACGCUUGCUCGAAGGGAAGGGUUGAGUUUGCCGAAGUUGGCGAUACAAUUCGCGCUAGAGUGUGAGAAGGUGACAAGUACCAUAAUUGGAUUUUCAAAUGCGAUGGAAGUUGAGGAAGGGGUUGAAUGUUUGAACAAGGUAUUGCGGAGAGGAACGGGACAAGAGAGGGAGAAGGAGAAAGAAGCUGAGAAUAAAAAAUAUAUGAUGGUCAUGAGUAUGAUUGGGAAGUAUAUGGAAUCUUGGGAUAAGUGGAGUUGGAAAAGUCCACCGAAUGAUGCCAAAAUUGUUAGAUAA